ACUUGACAACCUUUGCUCUCGCAGCUACGACAAGUUACAAAGGACAUCCGCGAUUGAUUAACCAUGACAACGACAGAGGCCACGUCCAUAACGGGCAUCUCUUGUAAAAGACUAUCUAUCUAUUGGUCCUGACUCGCAGGUAUAAAACGAGAUGGAAAGCAUGGGAGGUCUAUUCAGAACCACCACAUCCUCAGCUACGAGCGACUGCAGACUCAACAGACGCCGACGAAGACGCCAAGAAACCAACUCGAUAGACACCCGCAAUGUCGCCGAAGUCCGCGCCCACUUCGUGGAACCUCUAUCUCGCAUACUAUCUAGUGGAUGACCUCCGCGUCGCACUGCUGCUCGUACCACCCAAGCCCUCUUCCGGCUGUACGGCGUACCGCUGGCAGAUCAACCGCGACUCGUACAUCCCGACUGUCUGGCAUAAGCACUUCGAGAAGACUGGCGAUGCUGGCGACGUACUCAGCCUGCACUUCGUGGCACAGGUGCCGCCGGAGAAGCACGCUGCGCUGUACAAUGUCCUCGUGAAGGACCUCUGCGUCGCCAGUGCGUAUAACCGCCGAGAUUGUGAGGACUAUGGCCCGAGAGUUUGGGCAGUGGACGCGUUGGAUGCACUGGCGAAGGCGAGCAUCAUUACUGUCCGCGGCCUGAGCGAGGCGACGGAACCAGACCUUCGCAGACAACUGCUCGCAAGCCUGGUCGACUAUGGCUUCGAGUCAUGCCAGCAUAGUGGUCGACACGACGCGAACCUGCUUCCGUCACGGAAGACUCUGGAGGAUGAGUCGCAAAAUUCUACUACCGAGAGGUCGCGCUCGCCAUUCCGCAUCAUCCGCGACGCCGUACGGGUCCGGUCGCGCACGCCGCGCACGCUCUGUCGAUCCCCAGACUCGCCAGCAUUCGACCGGUUUGCGUCGGUAUAAUGCUACAGCCAUACAGUGUAUAAUUUAUUGUGGAGCUUUGACCAAUUCAAUGCGGGCUGAACAGUGUUGAGGUU